CCACCCCCACCUCUCUACUCCUCUCUCCAUUUCUCCAUUCCUCCUUCUCUCCCUCCCUUUCUCAAUCGCUCCCACCUCACUCCUUUCUACUCUCUUUUCUACAACAAACAUGGCCGCGAAGUCGGACGGCACGGCUGUGCCGUUACAGAAUGACAUCCAGCCUUUGUGCGCGCACACUCCCGUGCUGAGCUCGCCACGCGGCCGUUACUCUCUGCUGGACUGCUGCUGGACGCUCGGCGCUCUCCUCGUGUUUUUCUCGGACGGGGCCUCCGACCUGUGGCUGGCCGCCGACUACUUCCUGCGACGGGACUACCGCUGGUUCGUGCUCACCCUUGUCUUCGUGGUCGUGCCGUCUGUGGUGGUCCAGGUGCUGAGCUUCCGCUGGUUCGCCUAUGACUACUCGGAGUCGAGCAGCGCCGGUUCCGCUGCGGCAGCCGUGGUGGCGGCAUCCGGAGCUCAGAGGCGCUUCAGCACCACGGAGAGCGGCGCCCGGACUCAAUGCUGCAGAGCCUGCGCCUGGCUCUUCCAUAGCAUCGUGCACAUCCUUCAGCUAGCUCAGGUCUGGAGGUACAUCCAUGCCCUAUAUCUGGGAGUGCAGAGCCGAUGGCGUGGGGACAGUGGACAUAGACACUUUUACUGGCGCAUGAUGUUCGAGAAUGCAGACAUCAGCAUGCUACGGCUGUUGGAGACCUUCCUAAAGAGCGCUCCUCAACUCGUCCUGCAGCUCAGCAUCAUGGUCCAGGCCAUGCAGGUCCUCCCUUUACAAGGCCUGUCUGCUUCUGCUUCACUUGUGUCUCUUGCCUGGAUGAUGGCAUUCUACCAAAAGGCUCUGCGGGACUCCCGUGAUGACAAGCUCCCCAUGUCUUACAAAGCAGCAGUUGUGCAGAUGCUUUGGCAUUUGUUCAUGGUUGGAGCACGUGCUAUGGCAUUUGCACUGUUCGCCUCAAUCUUCCAACUCUACUUUGGGAUCUUCAUCGUGGCCCACUGGUGUGCCAUGACCUUUUGGAUCAUCCAAGGUGAGACUGACUUCUGCAUGUCCAAGUGGGAGGAAAUCAUUUACAACAUGAUGAUGGGCAUCGUGUACGUGUUCUGCUGGUUCAGUGUGCGAGAGGGACCUACACGUUGCCGCCUGCUUCUCUACAGCCUUAUAGUACUGGCUGAAAAUGUGGCCCUCACUACUGCAUGGUACUUGUACCGUGGCCCAAACAUCUCUGACUUCUAUGCUGUGGUGGUGGUGUGUGUGGUGGCCUGUAGCUAUGCCCUGGGUACCUUCUUCAUGUUUGUGUACUACUGCCUGCUACACCCGGAUGGUCCAGUGACUGUUGCCCAUCUAGGAUGUGGCACAGUGGAUGUGGGUGCUGUGUCAGAGGCUUGUCUCUCAACAGCCACCUCUGCUCCUCCUCCAGAUGUGGUGAGUAGCCCACCCAGGACGUUGCAGAGGACUAAAGGAGGAGGAGAGCAGGAAAAUUCAGUUGAAGGGGCAGAUGUCUUUCAGGUGCGCCCCCCUGCUGGUUUAAGGACUCCUGCACCUCGCUCCACCCCAAAAACAGAAGGGCCGGUUAUUCGAAUUGACCUGCCCAGGAAGCAGUACCCUGCCUGGGAUGCUCACUUCAUUGACCGCAGGCUGCGCAAGACCAUCUUGGUCCUAGAGGGUGCAGCACCAGGCACACCCAGGAUCCAGUACCGCUGUUUGGGCACACCAAAGGAGGUCAUGGAGUAUGAAACAACAGUGUGAAUGCCAUACAUUCUUCUAAGAGAGCACUCCAGCUCUUGACGUGUAGCCUGCAGUCAGAUCACCCUGGUGAAAAUGUCAUUACAACAGGCAGAAGGAAAAGAGAUAGAGAAAGAGGAGUGUACAGACAGUACCUGCCAGGUCUCCACAUUAUAUGACAUCUUUUUUGUCUUUGACAUGUGUAGAAAAAUGCAUUAUAAGCAGUGGGAUCUGAGUGGUUAAGGCUCCUUGCUAGUAACAAGAUGUUGGGUUAAGAUUCUAGGGUUGUCAGAGAGCCAUUCUUGGCCUUUUUGAACAAGAUCCCUGAUUGCUGUGCUAAAUGCACAGGUUGUUUUCUAGUAAGUAUUUUUGGGUAAAAGCAUCCAUAAAAUCCAUAAUACUCCAGCUUAAUUCAAACUAAUCUUUAUCUAACCUUUUAUUAACCAGGGCAACUGUUCUGAAGCUUUGAUUUCUAAGUUAAAUGAAACACCACAGUUAUGAUAGAGACUUUUGUUUUCAGACCCAAAAAGGACAAAUAAACAUCUCAAUGGCAUCUCAAUGGCCCAAAGACCAAACAAAUAAUAAUGUGUAAAAUAGGACUAGCAUUAUAAUUAUUGCAUUGCAUUAAAACUUUUAAUCACCAUACAUAGUGCAUGACCAUUGACAUUCAGCCACUGAAAAAAAUGAGUAUAAUAAGCAUAAUUUGUUUAUUAAAAGUCCACUG